CUGAAGUGGCAUUCCAACCUUGUUAAUAAGCCUGUUCACACAACCUUGCCUCUCUCUCUCUCUCUCUCUCUCCUUCACUAUUCACUAUCCAUUUUCGUUGCACACGAUGAUCAAAUAAUCAGAGCAAAGAAACAAAAACAGCACUGCUACACCUACAAACAACUACUACUUCUAUAUAUACUUGUUUAUGUAUUUUUCCUCUGAUUUUUCCCUCAUUUUUUUUGAAGAAAGAGAAAAAACCUAAGCCAAAAUACAGAAGAGAGAAAAGAAGUGAAGAGAGAGAUAUUCCUGAACCCGAGUCCUUAGUUAACAUAUAACAAACAAGGAAUGUCUGAGGUUAUUAAGGACUCUGCCAUAAAGCUGUUUGGUAGAACAAUUUCUCUGCCACGCAACAAAGAGGUUUCUUCUACUAAUGGUUCUUCUUCUGAACCUGUUCAUCCUUUACCUCCUGAAGAUUGUUCUGAUCAUUCUCCUCCUUCAUCUUCAUCUUCUCCACGUGAAGUGAACUCUACAAGGGACCAUGAAGCAGAGAGGGAUAAGGAGCCAUCAAGGGAAGAACUAACCUCAGCACAAGACGAAGAGGCCUCCCAUAAAGCCACAGAGGAAGUAAAAUCUCCAACAUCUUCAAGCAUUCUUGAGAACCCAAAGACUCCUUCAACUGAAAGAGAAACCUCUUUGCCAAAACCCUCCAAAAACACAGAACAAAGCGACACAACACAAGACAAAACUCCAAAGAAACCAGACAAGAUCCUUGCAUGCCCUCGAUGCAACAGCAUGGACACCAAGUUCUGUUACUACAACAAUUACAAUGUCAACCAGCCUCGUCACUUUUGCAAGAACUGCCAGAGAUAUUGGACUGCAGGAGGAACCAUGAGAAACGUUCCAGUGGGUGCUGGUCGCCGCAAGAACAAAAACUCUUCUUCUUCUGUCACACACUAUCGCCAAAUGAUGGUUCCUGAGGCUAUUCAAAUACCCAAUGGAUCAUUACACAGUGCUGUUCUCACCUUUGGAUCAGAUUCUCCUCUUUGUGACUCUAUGGCUUCUGUGUUGAGCCUUGCAGAGAAAACACAUAAUGGGUUUCAUGCAUCUAAGCAAAAUAGUACUAAUAAUAAUAGGGAUGAUGAUAAUAACUUAGGUGGUGGUGCUUCUGUUACGGCUUCAACUUUGUCUGAGAGGAAAAACAAUGCUACUAGUUCACAAGAAGAAUCAAUGGAUAAUAUGAAGAGUUAUCAAGGUUUCACUUCUCAAUUGUGCUUACCAGGUUCUUCUUCUUCUUGGCCUUAUUCAUGGAACCCUUCAAUGACUCCUCCUGCUUUUUGCCAAUCUGUUCCAUUCUAUCCCACACCAGCAUUUUGGGGUUGCAUGGCACCACCCUCUUGGAGUGUUCACUCUGUCUCUCCACAAUCUUCUGUUAAUUACCAAUCUGCCCCUAGUUCUGGCCCAAAUUCACCUACUUUAGGGAAACACUCAAGAGAUGGUGACGUACUCUUUCAAACCAACUCACAGAAAGAAAAGAGCAAUAUAGAAAACAAUGGCGUGUUGAUCCCAAAGACAUUGAGAAUUGAUGACCCUACUGAAGCUGCGAAGAGUUCUAUAUGGUCAACACUAGGGAUCAAGAAUGAGAAGGGUAAUUCUCUGAAUGGAGGAGGACUUUUCAAGGCAUUUGCAUCAAAGGGUAGUGAUCAAAAGAAUCAUGUGGUGGUUGAAGCAUCCCCAGUUUUGCAAGCCAACCCUGCUGCUUUGUCAAGGUCUCUUGUGUUCCAUGAGAGAACCUGAUUGGGAAUUUUAUCACAGUGAUCAAAUAGUUUCUUCAGAUUCUUAAAGUGUUUUUGAAGCAGCUACAUCCCAUAUUCUGAUAAAAAAAUGUUUUUGCUUCUCUUCAGUUGUAUUAUUGGCCAACCAAAUAGUUAUAGUUUAGCUUCUCUUAGUUGCAAUCUUGAGCCUGUCAGAGUGAACAGGUUUUUUUUUUUUUUCAGAUUUAGAUAACUUGUUGAGUAAAUAUCUUUGGUGUAUAUAUAUAUAAUAUGUGAGACAGGAUAAAUAACUAGGAGAAAAAGACAAAGGAAAAGGAGAUUCUUGGACUAAAAUCCAAUGGUUUUAGGGCCUUUAGGCCUUAGGGUCUUCAUCAGAAGCUUGCUGUGGCUUCUUCUUUCUUCUUUUGUUUUUGUUUUUGAGAUUCUCUACAUUAAUGUAGUAAUGUUAAUUCCAAAUUGUGAUUUGUGACA